AUGACGUCAACCUAUUCUGAAGACCAUUCAUCUGAAGAUCAAACAGUAUUUGUUAAUAUAAUUAAGUACUAUCCUGUUUUGUUGGAAAAAUCGAACAUCCCGGAAAUCAAAAAUAAACGACGUAAGGCGGUUGAAGAAAUAAAAGAAAAGGUGCUGAUUUGGCAGAUUGCCCACAAAAAAUGCGUUGAUUACACUCCAACAGCCUGUGCUGAAGAAGAAACAAUCACAGAAGAAGCAUCUGGAAGUGCAGGACCAGUACUGAAAGCUACCACAAUGAAAGCCGGACCCAGUAAGGAGCCUUCUAAAAAAAAGGAAAAUGAGGAUUAGUGGAAACCGAUGAAACACGAGAUUUAUCAAUAACAGAGCUCCAACGUCUCGUUUUACUUGAACAAUUACAAGUGUUUCGGCUAGCUAAGGAACUGCUACUUCACAAGAAAAAUAUUAAUGAAUCUGAUCCAAAUUUAUGAACUUUAAAUGAAAGUGCAGAAACUGGAAAUCCAAUUUUCAUGAUCCUAUUUCCAGGACAGAACUGACAUAAAUACU